AUGAACGCACAGGCAUACUAUCAGCAGAGGGAUGGAUCUCGCGCAGCACCGUCACAACAACAACAUGUGCAGUCCGUAAACAUGGCCAGCUUGAUGCUACGACCUGGACAGCAGCAAGUGGAUGCCAAAAUCUUCACACAGCACGCGAGUCUUUCGCAGGCAGCAAGCCCCACAGAAAGCAAGGGCAGUCCCGAUUCUUCCUCCUCCAUGGACGAUCAGUUCUCACACUGGGAUCUUUCUUUUGCUUCGAUGGCAGAUGGCGAGUGCUUGGCCUGUGGCUACAGAUAUGGUUCUGUAGAGGAGCUUGCAGACCAUCAAAGGAUUGACCAUGGAUUGGCCGACGUCAUAUUUUGA